GUGACCUCAGUCAAGCUAUGUAACCUCUCUGUUUGCUCAUCUGUAAGAUGGGGAUAAUAGCAAGAGUAACCAUAUGGGUCAGUGUGAGAAUUUAGUGCUAUAAUCCACAAUGCUUGGAACAGUUUAAGCCGUCUAUAUAUUUUAUCACACAGGUCACACAGAAAAUAACUGGCAGAAAUUGGACUAGAAUGCAGCUCAGCUGACUCCAGUUAAACCGGAACAUUCCCCUAUGAACUCCAUACUGCCCUUCGUUUCUUUGUGUGUGUGUUACUUGGCAUCCAAGUGAGAGCGGAAGCUGAUUUUGAGACAGGGGUUGGCUUUUCCUAAGACCUCCUCUGGAAGUGUAUGUAAUGUAUACACUACCUCGUGGACACUUGAUGUGAGUCUAACACUGGACGCUGCGUGCCCUCAUGGAACACUUCUUGAAUGUACACUGCAUGGCUGGUGUAGCGGAGAAAGGACUGAGAAGAAAACUUGAAGGAAAUGAACGCUUCUGAUCACUUCAUAUGAAACUAAGCUCUUUAUAAUGAAUGCUUUCCUCAUCACAACCACCCCAUGAGGUGAGCAUCAUUCCCAUUUUACACAUUGAAAACUAAGACUGAGGGUGUGUGCAGUAUGCUCAGGUUCAGCUGGCUAACGCGGAGAGCUGGGUUUCCAGCCAGACUUUUAUUUCAAGGGGCCGCUGACACCCUCUAGAGACUUUGUAGUUCAAAACCAUUUCUCACCCCCUCUCUGUGAGCCAAAAGUGUAUUUCCUGAGGUGGUCAGAGGGAUUCAGAGCAGACUGACACCUUCUCCAUCACUGACACAAAGCGGAGUGUAUAAAUCACACUGUGUAGCCCUGGGGGUCUAAAAUAUUUUCCCAGCCAAGUCGGAUAGGCAUUGACAGUCACACCAGGCUGGGUGGUUUUACAAAACGCCACUUGUUUAAAUUUCCUUUCAUCACUCUGUCAGGAAUAACACUAACAUAGUGGAACCUCAGAGUACUGUUUAGAGGGGUGAGCUGUUCUGGGGAAAUUUAUUUCAAAAGUUAUUCUGAAGUAAAAACUUGCCUACUGCGGGGUGAGGGUGGACAAUGAUCCUGUAUCCUAGGUAAUGAGGCUAUUAAAGAGGCCGGUGUCCGCUCCGCUUAUGUAAGAGGGGCUCAGUCUCUGGGCGACUUGAGUAAACCAGCAUAGAACUUAACAGGGUGACUAGGAGUGAGAGCAGCAGUAGGUCUCCAUUUCUAAUGUGGCGUUAGGGCUGGAGGUUAGAUGUGGACAGGGGUGUCUGGGUUCUACAUAACGGGGCUGGAAUCGGGGGGAUGACUAGUCUGAGAUCUGGGUUCACGCAGCAACCACACGUUUUUACCCACACCAGUUAUUUGGGGUUGGGCGGAAGGCUGAUGAGGAUUUGGGAAAGAUCAAGGGGCUUUCCCUGGCAGUGCAGGAAGUUGCAGAACCAGUGGCAAAAGUCUGGGCCAUGGAGACAAUUCCUUCUCGGGUGGGAGCCCCAGCGCGGCCUCUUGCCUGUGUGUGGCCAAUCUGACCGUGCUUGCUGGGGAGGGGAGAUGUAUGUGCUAGGGCACCGCACCCCCCCCCAUACAUGUAGGAACUUAGAGAACGCCAGUUAUUGCAAUAACCCUUAUGAUAACACCAAAUCUACGCAGAAAUCUUUUAAAUAUCACAAGCCUCGUAGUUUUAUUCUACAUGGUUUUCUAGGUAACCGAAUUCCAGGAGGUGCGUGGCAGUGCCACCCACGCCUCCUGGCCAUGCCCAGCGGGAAGGUGUUCUCUCAACGUUGCUGACGCCCGAUUUCAACCACGAGGAGACUGUGGACCUCGACUGCGGCCCGCAUCAGGGCCCGUCCGCCUCACUCCACCCUCUGAGGCUGGGGCGGAGUCGAGCGGCCGGCUCUGAGACCCUUCGCCUUCCCCGCGGAGCAAGGCCCCGGAAGCCGCGGGGCUUACAUAACCCGGAUGAUGUCAGGGCGGGCGACUCUCGGGAGGGCGGGACCAGGGCGGAGGCGCCGGGAGCGCGGCGGGGCUCGGCGUGCGGCGCGCCCGGCAUGUCCCUGUACCGCAGCGCCGUGUGGUUCGUCAAGGGGCUGCGCGAGUACACCAAGAGUGGCUAUGAAUCUGCAUCUAAGGACUUUGUCCCUAAUGACUUGGAGGUCCAGGUUCCUGGAAGAGUCUUUUUGGUUACUGGAGGAAACAGCGGCAUUGGCAAAGCAACUGCCCUUGAAAUAGCCAAGCGAGGUGGCACAGUUCACCUGGUUUGUCGAGAUCAAGCCCGAGCAGAAGAUGCCAGGAGUGAGAUCAUCCGGGAGAGCGGUAACCAGAAUAUUUUUCUGCACAUUGUGGACUUGUCUGAUCCCAAGCAAAUCUGGAAAUUUGUUGAAAAAUUCAAGCAGGAACAUAAACUCAAUGUUCUGAUCAAUAAUGCAGGUUGCAUGAUCAAUAAAAGAGAACUCACAGAAGAUGGACUUGAAAAAAACUUCGCUACUAAUACUCUGGGUGUGUACAUUCUCACGACCAGCCUGAUCCCUGUGCUGGAGAAAGAAUACGACCCCCGAGUGAUAACCGUCUCCUCAGGAGGAAUGUUGGUUCAGAAACUGAACACUGAUGAUCUCCAGUCUGAAAGAACACCGUUUGAUGGAACUAUGGUCUAUGCACAAAACAAGAGGCAGCAAGUGGUUCUGACGGAGCAGUGGGCCCAAGGGCACCCGGCCAUCCAUUUUUCUUCCAUGCAUCCUGGCUGGGCCGACACCCCAGGUGUGAGGCAGGCGAUGCCGGGGUUCCAUGCCAGGUUCAGGGACCGCCUGCGCUCCGACGCCCAGGGCGCCGACACAGUGCUGUGGCUGGCCCUCUCCUCCGCUGCAGCCGCGCAGCCCAGUGGCUGCUUCUUUCAAGAUCGGAAACCAGUCUCUACACACUUGCCUCUCGCUAGAACGUUCUCCUCACCGGCUGAAGAAGAGAAACUCAUUGAAAUCCUAGAACAGCUGGCUCAGACAUUUAAAUAGGCCAACCCAGAUGCAAUGUGGUAUCAGAAUUGCCUUAGAAAGUACCAGAAGGUGUGGUCUAGGGACCAGUGAACAGACCCCACUUCAACUUCCCCUUGAAGAUGUUGUGCCUUACAGUGAGGAGCCUACAAGGUAUGGGAACUUUUGUUUCAAAAUAAAUCCUACUGGGGCUGUGAUUAGGCUCACCCUGAACUCCUGCAGCAGGCUCUUUUCUUGUUUAAGUCUCUCAUUUAUUUGAAAAUGUAGUUUUCUAAAGAAUUUGCAGUUUGAGAUGAGCCACCAUUGUCAGUCUGAGGGGAGGCAGGGGUGGAGGUAGCAGGAAUGCCCCACUGUGGACUGUGCUUCCCCUCCCUUUCUCAGAUCCUCAGUGUCAGAGGCUGGUAUUGGGCCCCCCUGCAGGAGAGGGCUGGGCACUGCCUUUGCUGUUCAUGGUACCAGGAGCACAGCAUAACCAAGGGACAAUGUGUAUUUACAUACACCAUUUACAUGAGGCCUAGUUUACAUUUGCUUAAGAUUAGGAGUGGCUUCUGUAAUGCAUCUGGCAUUCUGGAACUAUACUGUGAUAAAACCUCUAAUUUGUAGCAUUUUACCUCUUAGUGACUCCAGGGAAAGCUGUAACAAAACCAAUGAGCAGAUUUAGAAUAUAUCUACAUAGAUUCUUGGUGUCCAUGGUGGAAUAAACAUAACUCAUACCCCAGAGGAAAACUUAGAUGGCUGCAGCUUCUUGGUGGUCCUUGAGCCCUGGAUGGAAGUGUCUCAUCAGCCAAGGACCCCAAGGAAGGGAUUGUUCUGGAUGUGCCAGCCUGAAACAUCAGCAUCGGCGUCUUUCUGACAAAAGGUGGUGCUAUCAAGCACGCACCAGCUCCAUUUAACUGCAUGCCUCCUUUUCUGCAGGAGCAAGAUGGGCCUCAGCAGUGCUGGGUGUGGGCAAGGCUGUGCUGGCAGCACCAGGACAGGGCAACUCAGCCACCCCCUCAACGGUGAUUCCAUAACAGGCAGGUCACUUGGUAUCUUUGUACCUAUUUUUCUUCUCCAUAAAAUGAACCCCACAAGUUUUAAAAGAGGCUUUCUCUGGCAGUGUUUGCCCUGAAGUCCUCAUUUGGAAAGUUCACUAAACGCAGGAAAAAGCCGAUUUAUAUGACAAAGAAAAAGGGCUCCCUGCGCAUAGCCCGUAUAUGUGCUUAGACUGUGGUGAAUGGGCCCAAAUUCACCUUUAGACGGCAGCUCUCCCUGGCGUCUAGACCAGAUGGAGUGGUCGGAAGCCCCCUUCCCACCAAAUGGACAGAACCCAUGCGGCUAAAGAGCACAGCAAGGUUGUCAGUGUGUGUGUGGCCGCAUGGAACAGUGAUGGGACCACAGCUGCAGCAAGGUUUUCACAGACAUGUAUUUUAAACCAUGGAGGCAACUCCACACUGAGAGUUGUACGUUGGUAACAGCUACACGUAUAUUUUGGUUAGAGGGAAGCACAGCGGGAAAGUGAGCGGAGUAAAAACAUUCACAAUAUUCAGCAGCAUUUGAAUGGAGGCCUGGAUACAGACAUUUCAACAUUCUCGGAAAUUCUUGCUCAUUACCAGCUAAUCACAUUCAGGAAGUCAAAGUCAGGACUGAUCAGGACUGGCAGGGAGUGGCAAAUGCUGGAGGGGUCCAGCCAGACCACACGGGAGAAAUCUGUUCCAACGUCAGGCUUAUUACCUUCUCAGCCUGACCUCCUGAAUAAUCUCCUCACUUCAAAAAAAGAAAAAGAUGCCCAUACGGUAACAUGCCCACGGCAGCCAGGUCCAGAAGUGGGCUGCAGCCCAGUGGAGGUACAGAAUGGAAGAUCCAUGUCCCUGGUUAGAGGUUGAGUGGUAGGCAGGCACUAAUGUGGGGCCAGCACCUUCCCUGUUGUCCAGUUAGUAACAGUUUUUGUACUUUUCAUAUAAAGAUUUCCUUUUGCAAAAUGACAGUACCUUGAAAAAACAAAGUCAUUUAAAAAGCAAGGCAAAUGGUAUAAGACACAAAUACAUGAGUACAAUGGUUACGAGUGACACUAGUAUUUUGGUCCAUACUUCAUAUUGGCAUAUACUACCAAUGUAAGGCUGCCAUCCACUUAAAUGAUAAAAAGAUUAUAUAUAUGAGAAACAUUUUUCAAACCAUUUUCCCUUUGUGAGUGACCGCUCACCUUCUCAUGCAUCCCCGAUAACCAAGGGAAAAAAGAAUCAUAAAUAUCAAGGUCAGAUUCCCAAUCUAACUUUUAAGUCAACCUGCAAUUCCUGACACUUCCAAGUCAGAUAUUCUUGCAAAGGUAAACAUUUUGAGGUAUCUAUUUUUAAUGAGAUGGUACCAUGAUUAAUUUCCACCUUUACCAUCUU